GUUAGCCAAGCACUAGCUGUUGGGGCUGGGAGCUAGGACCUAGAGGGACACUCAGAUCUUCAAAAACCUCCCUGGACCUGCAUGUCAGAUAAGUGGAUACAUCAGAGACGUGACUGAAAGUAAAGGAGUUACACAGAGUUGGCAUGACCGUCAGACACACUCUGAGGACUUUGUUACUAUUUACUUAAACUGGCUGGCCUUUGAAACUCCUUCCCUAUGACCAAGAUUCUUCAAUUCCUGCUUCCUACAGAACUGACAUCACACUUUUUCCUAACUGGCCAGGGUGAAUGACCAGGAAGGGACUGGUGUCAGGAACGUGGUAUUUGAAAGCUGCAGCAUGGGACAAGGAGAUUCCUGACAAGAAGUUUGGAUCUGUGUCUGUGACUCCCAUGAAAAUCAAGACCCUGGAAGGGGGCAACCUGCAAGUGAAGUUCACUGUCCUGAUUUCAGGACGGUGCCAGGAGAUGAGCACUGUCCUAGAGAAGACAGAUGAACCUGGCAAAUACACAGCCUAUAGUGGCAAACAGGUAGUCUACAGCAUACCAUCUGCAGUGGAGGACCACUAUAUCUUCUACUAUGAGGGCAAAAUACACAGACAUCAUUUCCAAAUUGCAAAACUCGUGGGCAGAAACCCUGAGAUCAACCAGGAGGCCCUGGAAGAUUUUCAGAAUGCUGUAAGAGCUGGAGGCCUCAACCCAGACAACAUCUUCAUCCCCAAGCAGAGUGAAACAUGCCCUCUAGGAAGCAAUUAGGGAAGUGGUGCCUUGUUCCAGCUUUUCCACACGGCAUUGCUGCACUCUACACAGACCCACUGGGCACAGGACACAGAAGCAGCUCCUUCACUGUCCCUUCUGGCUUUGCCCACCCCUGCCCUCUGCCUCCCUCUUCCCUGCUUCUCUAUAAAGAACUUCAUCAUC